AUGUUCGAUUGUGGAUUCCACCAAUUGUCAAAUAUCGAAAAUCCAGCCGGAAAUGUUUUGGAUCUUGUAUUCACAAACAAGUUUUAUGAAAUGUCAUUGAUGGAAUCAACCAAACCAUUGGUUAAACCUGACAAUUGGCACAAGGCAAUCGAAAUCGAAUUCACAAUUGAUGGAAAUGCACCAUCAACACAUCAAUCAUCGCAAAUAUAUGCGUUUAACUCAGCUGAUUUUGAUGCAAUGAAUGCAUUCUUCAUUGAAAAUGACAUUUUGUUGGGAAUAAAUCGAAUUGAUGACCUCGAGAAUGCAUUCCAAAUUUUUGGCAAUGUUCUACACGAGGCAAUAGACUCAUUUGUUCCAAAGAUCACCGUACAAAGAAGCACUGACCCACCAUGGUACACGAAACAACUUAAGCAUAUGAAAAAUAUCCGAAGAAAAGCGUACAAACGAGCAAGGGAGACUAGCAAUUUCGACGAAUACAAUGCCAUCUCCGAUUCGUUCAUGCAGUUACAAGGGCAGCUCUUCGAAUCAUACAUCAGCCGCAUACAAUCACAAAUCAAAUCAAAUCCAAAAUAUUUUUGGCGAUUUGUGAACGACCGAAGAAAGAGAAGCGAUAUUCCUGCUAUUGUUGAAUACAACAAUGAAAUUGCAAACACCGAAACGUCGAAAGCAGAAUUAUUCGCUGAUUUUUUCGAAAAUCAAUAUACACAGAGCGACAGUAUCGAUUUGGAUCAAUUGCUGGAUGAAUGCGGUGAUCUCUCGUUUGACAUCGAAAUCAAUGAACAUGAUGUAUUGAGGGCAUUGCAAUCGAUCAACGUAAGCAAAGGAGCCGGUCCAGAUGGGGUAUCGCCGAAACUACUGAAAAACUGCGCACACUCAUUGGCAAAACCAUUGACAGUGCUAUUCUGUAAGUCUUUGGAUCAAGGAGGUGUUCCGGCAUCGAUGAAAAACUCUCGAAUAGUACCAAUAUUCAAAUCUGGGAAAAAAAGCAAUGCAUCGAAUUACCGGCCAAUAGUGAUAAUACCAACGAUUGCAAAACUAUUCGAAAUGGUGGUUCAUGGCAAAAUCGAUUCGUAA